AUGGCGCAGAAGGGGGAAAGCGAGUGGAGCAAGCUCAAGAGCGAGUUGGCCAGCGGAAGAGUGCAGCUCAAGAAGGGCGAAACGCCGAUGGGUCGCGUGAUGAACAUGCCGCGGGGGCGGUGGGUGAUUUUCGGCUCGGUUAUCCUGGUGAGCAUGACCAUCAGCACGCUCCUGAUGCCCUCCCGCGAGGAAAUGCGCGAACUCGAGGAACAGCAACGAAAGGCUCGACUAGAGAGGCUUGGCCGUACCCAGCAAUCCGCCAAAGACACCAACUAA